CGUGUUUGUUUGGUUACUGCGAUAUUGCCAAGGUUCCCCUCAGUCAGUCAAGUAUCCUGUGUACCACGGACCGAAUGAUAAGACCUUGCACAAAUUAUUAGCCGGCAUAAAAUGGACCUAUCACGUAAUACUUUGACUCUGUUGUUGGUAACCAGGGAAAUAUAUCAGACGCCGGUUUGAACAACACAGAUAAAAUUACCGAGUACAUUUCCCCAACAUACGCUUUUACCAUGGACAAGUCUACAUGUGUUAUAUUGUCUUUGUUACUGGGAGUUGUGCUGAUGUCCAUUCCAGAGACAGAUGCUGUUGAAUGUUACAGCUGUACCUCCGCUACGGACAGUAGAUGUGGCGUGGAGUGGAGUUGGCUCAAUACAUUCUCAAAGCCUAAUACGACUACUUGUUCUGGAUCGUGCACGAAAGUGGUUUAUGGCAAUUCUGCGAGUCGGUCCUGCUCCUCUGUCUGUCUAACAGCGACAAUUGGGGCGUCUAUUGAAUGCUGCACUAGCGACCUGUGUAACACCGCCAUAUCCAGUCGGUCGUCCUGUCGUCUGCUUGCCGUUUUGACCGCUGCGGCUGCCGUCUUCUUGAGACGAUAGAUAAUUUUAGUGAUACUACAGAUAUAUCCUAGAUGAAAACAAAAUAAAUUUCAAGCCUUAAAAUAAAGAUCGGAACCAGCUGUCUACCGGCUCUUUAAGAUAGAGCUUUUAUUAUUUCAAAAAACUGUUAUUAAAAAAAUUUUGUGCAAAAGAAACUCCCGAUGAGGCAGGGCCUGAAAGGAGCACAUUUCAUAUGAUCAUUUUUACUUCAAUUGGUUUCCUUGUGGAUUGAAUUGGUUUCACCUUCUCACCUUCAAGGAUGUGGCUUGGUGCGUCAAAGAGUUCCAGUUGUGUUGACAUGAAUAUUGCCAUCCCAGCAAGAAACAGUUAUGUCAAAUUAUUGAUUAUUUACUGCACUAAGCGCAUCAUCUCCCGACUUUGUUGUUGUUUUUUCAAUUGAUUCAAGAGCAGUUGACAGAAAUUUAAAAUCAAAUUACUGAAAAUGGUGUCUUUAGGUAUAUGCUUCGACAUUUAGCCCUUAUACACGUAACUUGUUGCAGGCAUGCUUUGCACAUUUAAAAUACCAUUGCUUUAUGCUUCCCAUAUAUCCUUCGAUAUUUUGUUCUGUUCUCUCU